GUUUUCCCUUUAUACACCAGGUUAUCAUCGUACAGGAUGCGAUCCGCAGCCAUUUUCACAGCUCUCCUGGCGGGCCAGGCCUUUGCUUACCCGAAGCCGGUCAUCCAGUCCACCAGCAAGCGGGAUUGGCCUUCAAUCAAUGCCUUCCUCACCGAGAUUGCGAAGAUUAUGCCUAUUGGUGAUACUGUCACGGCUGCUUGUGAUCUGAUUGGAGAUGGUGAAGACAUUGCUGCUGAUCUCUUUGGCAUCUCUGAAACUGAGAAUGAGGCGUGCGGCGACGUAACCGUCUUGUUUGCUCGCGGUACUUGCGACCCUGGCAAUGUCGGAGUACUUGUCGGACCUUUCUUUUUCGAGUCGCUGCAAAACGCACUCGGUAGCACAUCUCUUGGUGUUCAAGGCUUCAACUACCCUGCGAGUGUUCAGGGCUUCCUGUCUGGAGCGGUCCAGCCAGGCAUUGACUUGGCCACUCAAAUCACAUCUGUCACACAGAGCUGCCCGAAUACCAAGCUUGUGGUUGGUGGCUACUCCCAAGGCAGCUUGGUCGUCCACAACGCGGUGGGCCACUUGGAUGCAGCAACCGCCUCCAAAAUCAGCGCCGUGGUGCUCUUUGGCGACCCAAGAGACGGACAGGCUCUUCCCAACAUUGCUGCUUCCAAGGUUCUGACCGUCUGCCACGAUGGAGACAACAUCUGCGCCGGUGGAGACAUCAUCCUGCUCCCACACUUGACAUAUGCCGAGGACGCAGAUACCGCUGCUGCCUUUGUUGCAUCUCUUGUUUGAGAAAUCACAUGUUUUAUUCCUGUACAAAAAAAUUGAGGCGAAAAAAUGGGGCGUAAGAAAAUUACGCAGUGUAUAUAGCUGAAUGUUGGGCAUCUUGAGGAUUGCCAUGAUGAUUAAUGUAUAUAAGAAAGCGUUAUGCGAUUCAAUAUAAAUUACGUAUAUAUUUAUUA